UCAUAACUCAUAUAAUAAGUCAAUAAGGAAGUAUAAAUACAAGUCAAUUGAUGUGAGAGAGGUGACUUGUACCACAAGUGAAGAAAAUAUACACAUAUAGAUAGAUAUAUUAUUAUUUAUUAGAGAUAUGGACAUAUAUGCGUAGGUGAAGCUACCUUUCAAUAAUUUAUAAAAAUGGAACUGUAGAGGGAGCCAGAAGCAGGAAGCCGAGGGAACACGUGGAUGUAUAAUUUAGUGCAGGGGUAUGGUUGUGUGUCCUGUCUGCCUUCCCAUUUAUUUUAAUUCUCUUUUUUUUUUGUGUUUUUUUCUUUUUCAGGUAUUAUAUUUUAGGUCUACAAAAGUGUUAGAAUGCAUUUAUUUGGAGCUAUAUAUUAAAGUAUCUUCUAAGCCUUCAAUUCUCUUCACAUUAUGCACUUCACACGAUGCCUAGCUGCAUGAUUGUAUUAAUUUUUCAGAGAAUGUUGUUUUGUGUAUGUGUAUAUUUUUAUGGGAAGUGUAUGUCUAUUAGGUACGUGGAUAGAAUAAAUUCGAGUUGGAGCAUAUAUUGAUUGAUAUAUGACGCGCUUGAAUCAUAAUCUUUAGGUUUAUUGGGCUUUUUCUCACUUUUCCUUUUUGUGUAUUACUAGUGCAUUCAUCAUUAGCUAUAAUAAUUACAUAUCUCUAAUACUAGUGAUCGCAUAGAUCGUCCAAUGGAUGACCACAGAGUGAGGCUCAUUCUCUUUUAAAUAAGGAUUAUGAUAAACCAAUCGACCACAAUAUUACAACCUUGUGGUUAAUCCAGAUUCCAACUAUAUUUUGCGCAAAAAAAAGAAUCUAUGUUUAUUAUUUAUAACCAACAAAUCUGCUUCCAAUAUCAGUGACUAACCCCUAACCAUGGAUUUGUCACAGCAAUAAAUAACUGGGCCAGAGUGAAGAUAAAUUGCUUCAUGGGUCUCUUUUAGCAGCUCAAAGCCCAAUCAACACGGCCUGCUAAAUACUAAGGCCCAAAGCAUGAGGAAAUUUAAGAAAUAAAAAAUAAAAUAAAAACUCAUACGGCUCGGCAGAUUAAUCCGACGAGGAAUGUGUAGCAUGAAGCGCCCGCUGUACAAUUUUUCUGUAGGUGAUUAGUGGUUUAGGGGUUUCGAUCUGUUCGUACUCUCGGCUUCUCCGGCGGAUUUCCGAUUAGGGAGUAGAGGUUUGGUAGAAAGCAGCCGGCAUAACCACCGCAUCCCUUUCUCCUCCGGCGGGGACGUUAUCUUCUUGUUUCCUGCGAUGAUCAGCAAACUGGGAGACGAUCUCCUCUUGGAGAUUUUGAUCCGCCUCCCGAACCCUAGAUCGGCCUGCCGCUGUAAAUCCGUCAGCAAGCGGUGGAGCUUCUUGAUCUCCGAUCCCAGCUUCAAUCGUCGUUUCGUUUCUCACCACCAGCGACCUCCCCUGCUUCUUCCCUCCAACGACCCACAAUCGAUCAUCCCGACCAUUCUCCCCGUGCCAACUGAUGUCGACGGACUGCGUUUCUCCGUCUUGGAUUCCUUCGAGGACUUGCUUCUAUGCGGGGUUACAUUCCCAGAGGACAUCGAUGCGGAAUUCAGCAGAUCGUACUUCGUAUGCAAUGUGUUCACGAAGCAAUGGAUCGCACUUCCUUUGGCGCCUGAAAUUCCACCGGGAUGCGUGGCAGUGGUUCCAAGGUUAGUUUGCGAGCCUGCUAUUUUUAACAAUCUUGAUAUGGGAGAUGGCGAAGCAUCUGUUUGUUAUUCGGAGUAUCGAUUUCGGGUGGUCUGCAUAUGUCAAUGUAGUCUGUGUAUCAAACUAUAUGUGUUUUGUUCCGAGACUGGAGAAUGGACGAAGGAGGCUGUUGUUCUUGAUGGUGAUUAUCUAAUCCAAAUGAAAAAUGUACUUUCCUGCAACGGGGAGUUGUUCUUCGUGGAUUUGUAUGAGGAUGAAGAUGGUGAUGUUUAUCCUUUGAUUGCUGUGAUUAACCCUUUCCGCCUUGAUAUGCGUCCCACUUACCUUGAUGCUCGUGAACUUCUUGUGACGCCAAAGUGGGAUAUUGCGGUAUCGCAAGGUGCUCUGCACGUAAUUCUAUUAGAAGAGGAACGCACACCUGAUUGUUCAAUGGCUGCUUUGACUGUUUGGAAACUGCAAGAAGACCCUAAAACAUGGAGGAAGGUACGUGAAGGGGCGGUGAAGACAACUCCAAGGUGUAUGCACCGAGAGAUGGCUGACAUUGAACAUUGUGAGAAGGCUGCCCGUGAACAAAAGACAUCAACGCCUAACUAUGAAGUUGAUGCCAUUAUUUUCCCUUCGUUGCAUCCAGAUAACCCGGAAAUUGUCUUCUUCCAUUGUUUUUCAAUUGCUCCUCAGUGUGUUAUCUUGUCUUGCGAUUUGACGAGGGGAGAGCUGGAGUUCUUCUCUUACUUUAGAGCACGUUCACUUCGUUGGGCGGUGUUCCAGCCCAAGGUCUCUUGUAGUCCUUCUCCAAUUCGAAGAUAUGAGGAAUUGAAACUCCUCUACAAUGGGAGCUACAGUUGCUGGGUCCAGAGCAGCAAAACAACAACUCUCUCAAUAACGGGAUGAAUUAGUUCGUGUUAGAGCUUCCUUUCACCUUGAAGGUCACGUGUUGGAAUCAUGAUAUACAACAUUGAUGAGCUUGUCCUAGCUUCAAGUUCAUUCGCUGAUCCUGCUCGAAGGCCAGUUCGCGGCAGGUCAAUCUGAUGGACGAAUGAUAUAAACUUCAUUCUUAGACUUCCUUAACUUGUCCAGUUACUGAUUAACACAGCGGGUUCUUACUUCUUAGUUUACUCUUAUUUUUCGAUUCGAAUUCUCAAGCUGAAUUAGGGGUUGUACCUAUGCAUCUAUAUGAUGGUGUCACUACUUGUUAUCAGUCCUUGUAAACCGAUUGGGCAUCUUAGGCUCUUGAAUUGUCAGAAGAAAUGGACAACAGAAGUGCAGAUCUACAGUUGAUACAUAUAACAGCGAUUCAAUUCUGCAGCUUGUAAUAAUAAUAUAUAUGUCUCAUGGUUUCUCAAUCAGAUAAUCGGUUAAGAAUUACAUUUUACAACUUACAUGCCGCCGCGGCGCCACUCCUGAAUCACAAAAUGAUCUCCAAAUAUCCUCUUCGACGCCAGCAACCACUCAAGCUGGACUCUACUUAUUCUGGUUUGUAUAUUGUAUUAAGAAUACAAAAUGAGAGUACACUUUUAAGGCACAACAAAUGACUCAAAGAGGCAGCAGUUUCGUUAAGAUCAAAAGAUCACUGGCCAUCAAGGAACAGAGCUCGACAUUUCUCCAUUGUAUCAUCAGGACUGGUCACUGCAUCAAACAAAAAACACCAUUAUUCAGAUAGUACAAGACGAAGGAAGAAAAACCGGAACCUUUGAAGUGCAUAGUCUAUGUGGAAAUGGGUACUAAUUCCUAUCUUAUGCUUACUGUUUCAACACAUUUCAGGGCUAUUUUGAUAAUGGAGAAUACUAUCAAAAUGGACUUGCACAGGAAAUCUGAAACCUAAAGGAUAAAAGCAUAAAAUAGAUUUGCUCAC